AUUCGGAUAAAAAGGUCAAAAUGAAGUAGAGAAGUUAUCUUUUUGAUAACACAUUUCUUGGUAUACUAAUAUGCGAUCCUGUAAAAUUUGAUAUCUCUCUAUAUCUUUAUACAGUCUAAGGUCAAUGGAUAUGUCUAACAAAGGCUUCGUGUACGAUUUCAACAACGAGAGACGUGGAAUAGCACUUCUGAUUCACAAUGAAGUAUUUGACAAAUUUUCUGGUUACAAAGACCGACCUGGGGAUAGUGGAGAUUUUAUCCGAAUGCAGGAGAUAUUCACAAAAUUAGGUUUUGAAGUUGAUGCUAAAAGAAAUUUGACUGGAAGAAAAAUAUUUGACACGAUACAAAAAGUUUCCCAGUCCAAAAUUCAUGAAAAAUCUGAUUGUUUUGUCUGUGUCAUUGCUUCACAUGGAGAAGAAAUGCAAAUUGAAACUAAAAACAAUGUCAUUAUCAAAGAACAUGUAAUUGUUGGCUCUGAUGGACAAUGUGUAAAAACGAGAGACAUUGUAGAAAUGUUCAAUGAAGACAACUGUGAAGGACUCAGAGAUAAACCGAAAUUCUUCUUUAUUCAGGCUUGUAGAACUAGUAAUACUACCGUUUUGGGAAUGGACAGUGGGCACAUACUAACAAUAACAGAACGAAAACAGCCGCCAUAUGGUAUUGAUAAUGUUGAGGAUAUGCAUGUUGACUCUAAGAUAACCGAUAAUGUUGAUGUCAAUUAUAUAACAGAAAAGGAUAACCUGGAUACAAGACACAUGUCAACUGCAGACACGUAUCUCAGCAGACGACAACUAGUUCACCAGGUCACAGAUGUCGAAUGUCCUGAAGAUACUUUACUGAUGUUCGCCUCCUUAUCAAAUAAUUUUGCUGUUCGGAAUUCCUCUUCCGGUGGCUGGUUAUUAACUAGUCUUUACAGUCAAAUCAAGGAACAUAUAGAGACUGGUAAAAUAGGUUCAACAGAAUUUACACAAAUUCUAAAUGGUGCUUUAAAAGAAAUGACAACAAAGAACUUCAAACCCUCUGAUACCACUUCACGAUUGUACGGGGCCUUUUCUCCUGGCUGUUUUACGCAUUGUUUGUCAAGAGAUGUUCUCUUUCUGGAAAAGGAAUACAGAUAGAACUGUCGCCUUAACAUUCAUAUGGAUGACUUGUUUCAAAUAAA